AUGGGAGGCAAGCUGAGCAAGAAGAAGAAGGGAUACAACGUGAACGACGAGAAGGCGAAGGAGAAGGACGCCAAAGCGGAGGGAGGGUCGGCGGAGGAGAGUGAAGCUCCAAAAGAAAACAAGGAGGAAGCUCCUGCUGCCACAGCAACCACCGAGGCGGCCAAUGACACGGCGGCGGUCAAAGAGGCAGCCAAUGACACGGCGGCGGUCAAAGAGGCGGCGCCCGUCAACGAUAGCAAUGCCGCCGCUGUAAAGGAGGAAGAGAAAGGCUCCGCCCCUGAGGAGAAAGGGCCGGCCCCUGAAGACAAAAGCUCUGCCCCUCCAGUGAAAGAGGAGAAACCAGCGGCUAACGCUACUGAGGCCAAAAACGCCGAAGCUCCCAAGGCGGAGUCUGCCAAGAGCACAGCAGAUCCUCCCGCUGCCAAAACAGAGGAGAAACCAGCCGCUCCUGCUCCUGCUAAAGACCCCGCCCCCGCUCCUAAAGAUCCCGCCCCCGCCGCUAAAGAUCCCGCCCCUGCCGCUAAAGAUCCCGCCCCUGCCGCGGAGGUGAAGCCGGCGGCCGCUUCCUCACCUCCGGAGGCCAAGCCCGAAACUGAGGCUAAAAAGACUGAGGCUCCUCCCACCAAGGAGUCCGCCCCUGCUGAGCCGGUAACCGUGGAGACCAAUCCCACCCCCAGUAAGGAGCAAGCCGUGGCAGUGCAGGAUUAA